GCUGAGGAAAACAACUCACUACCUCUCUCUCUGUCUGCCCGUAUUUCAGGAUUCAGGAUCUGAAACAUUCAGCAACAAAGAGUCAUUUCAGCACUAUGACCAGAGUUCAGUUCAUCCUGUCUAAUAUGACUCACAUGCUUGUAUCAUAAAAAAUACAGCACUUUUUCCCCAGCACUUACAAGCGAGGUGUAACAUAAAGAAUAGGCAGCUAUAACACUUUUAUCUGAUUGAUGUGAUCACAAUGUAAACAUUUAAAAUGAUUAUGAAGUCUAAUGUACAGUAAGAUAGGUGUUUAUUUAUUGCUAGAUCAUGUUUGGAGGUCUCAUCGCCAUCUCUAGCAUUGCUGUAAAUUUGUAAAUUAAUACCUAGUUGUUCUUGCAUUUUCCAUAAGCAACACAUAGGGCCAAAAUGACUUCAUCUUAUAAUGAUGAAACCAGGAGCGAUAUAUCAGAAUCCCCUGAAGUCUGUGAAUUUCAGGGUCACUAUAGAGAUUCAGGGGGUUACUACAAAACAAGAAGUUUGCCAACCCUUAACGGGACACGUCCGACAAUAAAUGAAACGCUGGAGCCCCGGUUGGUCAGCACGGCUCAGACUUCAUUACACACUGACCACUGUUCUGUAUUUAGUGAUUUGCAGCAGAAAAGAGACUUUAGUGAAUUGGAUUCACCUACCAAGACUGAUUUCUCGCCCUCCAUGUCCAGCAUGAUGGGGCUUAGUAGCUCUAUGAGAACCGAGAAGGGCAGCAAAAAAAUUGGCUUUUCGUUGGCUAGAUGUAUUCGUUUUCCUGCUAGGAAAUACAUUAGAGUGAUUUUGUCAGACUCUAGGUGUUUCCUAUUCUGUAUGUGUUAUUUGACAUUUAUCCAGUCGUUGAUGGUCUCGGGGUAUCUUAGUAGUGUCAUUACCACAAUAGAGAAGAGAUACAGUCUUAGAAGCUCCGAGUCUGGACUCCUUGUUAGCUGUUUUGACAUCGGAAGUUUGCUGGUGGUGGUCUUCAUCAGUUAUUUCGGAGGUAGGGGACAGAGACCCCGCUGGUUGGCGGUCGGUGGAGUGUUCAUCGCCGUAGGAGCAGCUCUGUUCUCCCUUCCGCACUUCAUCUCCCCACCCUAUCAAAUCCAGGAGGUCAACUCCUCAACAGGGAAUGAGGGCCUGUGCAUGAAUGGCAAUGGGAGCAGAAGGGAUGUGGCGUCCUGUCCAAGGGACCAGGAGGGCAACGAUCACUCUGUAUACGUCGCACUGUUUGUCUGCGCCCAGAUUCUGGUGGGCAUGGGUUCAACACCUAUCUACACACUCGGGCCAACGUACCUAGAUGAUAAUGUGAAAAAGGAGAAUGCAUCGCUUUACCUUGCUAUUAUGUAUGUGAUGGGGGCACUGGGACCAGCUGCAGGAUAUCUACUGGGAGGAGUUCUGAUCGGUUUCUAUGUGGAUCCCACAACCAUCAUCAACAUUGAGCAAAGUGACCCACGCUUUGUAGGCAACUGGUGGAGUGGUUUCCUGCUCUGUGCCUUUGCCAUGCUGUUGGUCAUCUUUCCCAUGUUCACCUUCCCAAAGAAACUGCCCCCUCGCCACAAAAAGAAGAAAAAACAUGGAGUGGACAAUGUCUCUAAUGACGACGACGUCCUGAAAGAGAAAUCCAACAGCAAAGGCCAGACGGUCGCAUCCUCCAUGGGCUUUGGAAAAGACAUCAAAGAUCUCCCAAAGGCAGCCAUACGGAUCCUCAGCAACAUGACGUUCCUGUUCGUGAGUCUGUCUUACACGGCCGAGAGCGCCAUCGUCACAGCCUUCAUCACCUUCAUUCCCAAAUUCAUCGAGUCGCAGUUUGGUAUCCCCGCCUCUAGCGCCAGCAUUUACACAGGGGUUAUUAUCGUGCCCAGUGCAGGGGUCGGCAUCGUACUGGGUGGCUACAUCAUAAAGAAGCUAAAGCUGGGAGCUCGUGAAUCCGCCAAGCUGGCCAUGAUCUGCAGCGGCGUGUCUCUGUUAUGUUUCUCUACUCUCUUCAUUGUGGGCUGUGAGAGCAUAAACCUUGGCGGCAUCAAUAUCCCUUAUACCACAGGGCCGACACUGACGCUGACUCACAGAAACUUAACAGGAGGCUGUAAUGUGAACUGCGGCUGCCGGAUCAACGAGUACGCUCCUGUUUGUGGCUCCGAUGGAAUCACAUAUUUCAAUCCCUGUCUGGCGGGAUGCAGCACAGUUGGCAAUGACAGCACCGGGAUCAGAAACUACACCGACUGUGCAUGUGUGCAAAGCAGACAGGUUAUAACUCCACCCACCAGUGGCCAAGGCAACCAGCUUCAGCUUGUCAUCGUAAAAACCUACCUGAACGAGAACGGAUUCGCUGUGUCAGGAAAGUGUGACCGCACAUGCAACACACUCAUCCCCUUCCUCAUCUUCCUCUUCAUCGUCACGCUCAUCACUGCUUGUGCGCAGCCCUCCGCCAUUAUUGUCACUCUCAGGUCAGUGGAGGAGCAAGAACGACCAUUUGCUUUAGGAAUGCAGUUUGUGCUGCUAAGAACUCUGGCUUACAUUCCCACACCCAUCUACUUCGGAGCCGUGAUUGACACCACCUGCAUGCUCUGGCAGCAAGACUGUGGCGUCCACGGUUCAUGCUGGGAGUAUGAUGUCACUUCCUUCCGCUUUGUCUACUUUGGACUGUCAGCCAGCCUUAAGUUUGUGGGCUUCAUUUUCAUCUUCCUCACCUGGUACUCGAUUAAAUACAAAGAAGAUCGCUUGAAGCGCUGGCAGCAGCAUUUGCCCCCACUGGGCACAGUAAGCGAUCUCAUCUGCCACGCAGGAGGCCAAAAGAGCCACGCUCGCACCCGCUCCUGCCCCGUUUUCACACCCCGUCCCGAGCACGCGGACCAGCCCCCACUCAACCGCGGACACUGCAGUCAGAGCUGUCCCGGAAACGCGCUGAAAGCAAUAACCCCGCCCGCUCGCUCCUUGCAGAAAAUGCACUUGUACAUUUAAGGACACGCCCUGAUUCAUCUGCCUCUGUGUGCCUUCCCAAAGACACGAUGCGACCGAACCUCCACCUGUUUCUCCGCUCGUCCCCGCGUAGCUUCAGGGGCUCGCUGCGCUUGUGCAAACACACCAUCGCAGCAAACACGCAUCUCGUAAAAAUAACAUACAUGCUGUAGAGAUGUGUGGAUGACAAUUAUGGUGCUAAUUUGGGUGGAUGAUGUUUUCUCUAUUUAGUCUUGAUGAUUAUAUCAAAGACGUUCCAACAAGCACAAACGAAAAUCAGUUCUAUGCAAAGCUGUAUUAUCUACAUUCAAAACGCUAUUCAUGCCACCAUUCUCUGAAUGUUGCUGCAAGAUCUGUGAAAAACCAUCUACACUGGACGUAAAACUGGACUCGCUUCUGGCUGGUUUGGAGGUGCUGAGCAUUGCGAAUAUGCGACUUAAUGAUACUCAAUGAGCUAUUUUGGCACUUCUGCCCCCGUCUCUAUACUAAUCACAUAGUGCUAUACUUUAUAUACAGUGCCUCCUUGUGAGCAGUAAGGUCUGCUGACUAACAUUGGAUUUGGAGACCUGGCCCAGACCUCAAGUUCCUAUUCAUCAUCUUUAUAGUAAUUGUGUCUGUCUGCAGUGUUAUCAAUGCUGUAUUCAAAGUUAACUGCAGCGAUCGACUCAUUCUCGUUUGGUUUGUAAUACAGGCCAAACAAUGCAUACUUUUAUGGUAUGUAGUUUUAUGGUUCUGGUUAGAUGGAAUACAGCUAAAUCCUAUGUGGUGUUGGGUUUAGGAUUAGGUUUGGGUGUAGGAUUAGGAUGGAAAUAGCGGUUCUUGCUAAAUGGGAUACAGCACAUCCUAAAUUUCAUGAAAUGUUGGGUUUAAGGUUAGGUUUGUGGAGGGUAGGAUUAGGAUGAAAACAGCGCUUACUCUGCAAGAUUUCACAAGAUUUUGGCUGUAGCUGUAUCCCUUCUAGCCACAACCUAGUUUGAUGAUCCAACAUCAGGUCUAAAUGCUUGAGAUUUGUUCAGCAAA